AUGAAUGAGCAUGCAACAUUAGAUAAUCUUGUAUCUAAUGCUAGAAGACAAGUUGCCCAAAUGCGUGAAACAGCAUCUAAAGUAGUUCAUAAUGCUCUCCAAUCUGCAAAGAACCAACAGACAGGAAAUUAUGAAACUUGUAGUAGCGAAAAUUGUGGUAACUUGGCACUAAAUAAUCAAGUAUAUUAUGAUCAUGAAAAAUCAGAAAGUAAGCAAAUUUCUCAAAAUACAAAAACUCUUUUAGAAUUUCUACAUCAGACUAACUUGAAAUUAAAGCAUUGUAAGGCUUCUAAAUUAAUGUCUACAAGUGAUAUAUCUGACCAAACAUUGGAUAGUAACAAGAGAGGGUUUGAAAAUCCAUAUACUUGCAGCACCCCAUAG